AGGAGAGGACUCAGCCAAGCUCGUGAACGCGGAUGCGCGCUCCCGAUAAUAACCCGCUGACGCCUUCAUCCGGGAACUACCGCGAACUCGCUCUUCAACAUGGCGGCGUCAGCUAAGAAGAAGAACAAGAAGGGAAAGACCCUCACUCUCACCGACUUCUUGGCGGACGAAAGUGGAGGCAGUUGCCCGGCUCCCAGCUACCCCGUCAAAACCACUAGCUGGGCUGAUGAAACCGAUGACUUGGAUGGGGACGUGUCGACUUCGUGGCACACAGAUGAGGAUUCAUUCCGGGCCCCGCCCAUUGACCGGUCCAUCCUGCCCACAGCGCCCCGUUCAGCGCGUGAGCCCAAUAUUGACCGGUCCCGACUGCCCCGCAGCCCGCCGUACACCGCCUUUCUUGGCAACCUGCCCUAUGAUGUCACUGAAGAAUCCAUCAAAGACUUCUUUCGCGGCUUGGCAAUCAGUGCAGUGCGUCUGCCUCGUGAACCCAGCAACCACGAAAGGUUGAAGGGCUUUGGCUAUGCUGAGUUUGAUGAUGUGGAAUCUCUCCUGAGGGCCUUAAGUCUCAAUGAGGAGAACCUGGGAAACCGAAGGAUUCGGGUGGAUAUAGCAGACCAGUCGAAUGAUAAAGAGAGAGACGGUGGAAUGAUGGGAGGGCGAGAUCGUGGUGGAAGAAUGGGAGACAUGGGCCCUGAUAAGACAGACAGUGACUGGAGGGCUCGGCCUAGUGGCGACACUGACGAUGAUGCGCCUCCCAGGAGAGACGAUGCCUUUGGAGAGAGAUCACGUGAUCGCUACGAGUCGGAUCGUUUCCGCGAUGGUGCACGACGAGACUAUGAUGGCGGAAGAGACCGCUACCGGGACCGCUACGAUGACCGAGACCGGCGAGAUUACGAUAGAGGAGGUUAUGACUCUCGUGGUGGCGGAGGAGGCCGUCGUGCCUUUGGCAGUAGCUUCCGUCGAGAUUAUGAUGAUAGUCGCGGUAGCAACGACCGUUACGGAGAUCGAGAUCGUUUUGGCGACAGGGAUCGUUACAGCGAGGAUCGGCGUGAGGAUCGAGCUCCCCAGCAGAGGCCCAAGUUGAAUCUAAAGCCCCGCAGCGUGCCCAAGGAGGAGGAAGGUAGUGGAGCCGGUGGCAGUGCAUCUUCCCCAGCCGCUCCACAGAUGUCCAGCAGCAGGGCCUCCUCCAUCUUUGGUGCUGCCAAACCAGUUGACACAGCAGCCAAAGAACGGGAGGUAGAAGAGAGGCUGAAAAAACAAGAAGAGAGGUUGCAGAGGCAGCUGGAGGAGGACAAGAGUCGGGGCCCUGAUAGAAAGAUACGAGACAAAGAUCCAAGCUGGCGGAAUGAGGAAGGUUACACUGAAAGAUCUCGUACAGGAAGUGAGUCCUCCCAGCCAGGAAGUGGCUCUGGAAGAGGGUCACGGUGUCAGGACGGCGAGCGUUCCGGGGAAAACGAGGUUUUCAGCGGUAGGGAAGAUGAGCCCUCAUCCCCUGCACCCUCCUCGCAGCCAGCCCCUAGCAAGGAACCGCUGAAGGUGAUGCCAGCACCUCCCCCCAAGGAGAAUGCUUGGGCCAAGAGAAGUGCGGCCACCAGUGGCUCCGCUGACAAUGAUGGGCGAUCCCCAGUCUCACCUGUUGGUUCAGCCCCUCCCAAGUUCAGCUCCUCAAAUUCUGCAGAUGAAAUAGGAUCCGGAAAGGAUGAGAACAAGGCUGGUGCUGCUCACCGGGACCGGGGCCCCCCACGGGCUCGAGGUGGGCCUGCGGGGCCUGGAGCAGGGCGAGGGCGAGGAGAAUGUCCCAACAGAGACCGAAGAAAGGAGGCAGACAGAAAGGAUAACAGAAGAGACCGAGAUGCCCGACCACCGCCAGAGCCAAAGAAAUACGACGAAGCCCCAAUCCCUAAGUUCAGCUCAGCCAGUAAGUACGCUGCUUUACUAAUGGAUGGAGACGGCGACGACUCUGGCGACGUGGAGUAGAGAAGACGGCAUAGAAGAGGAGCAAAUGAACACAAGAAUAAUAAUUUCACAUAGCUUAUAUUCUCCUUAUGCGGAAGUAGCCCCCGGGAGGACACUCAGCCCUCCCUCCCUCCCUGCCUCCCUCAAACCUAUCUUUUCCCUUCCAUCUCCCUUCUCUCCCUCCUCUGCCACUCUUGAGGACUCUUUCAGGUUCCACACAAUAGUCACCUUCUGGACUUGUUUUAAUUGGGCCGGGAAUAAUAUGAGUGUUUAGCGCAAUGAAAUGUGAUGGAUAACGUUGACAAAUUGUAAUAAAUAAAUGGAAAAAGUGGGGGGAAAAAAGAAUUUGUACAUUUGUGGAUCGAAGGUGUGGUGGAUUGAUCCUAGUUGAUGUAGCUAUGGCAUCAUAAUGGACUUUUAAAUUCGAAUCAGUCAUUUCCAUGAUGAAUUUGCGUACCUCCUACAAAGGCCACAUCAAUUUUUUUUAGUCAUUUGAAAAUUAAUUCUUUUAACUCUUCUCACUCCAAAACGUAAUCGCGAAUCUUGUCUUCCAGCACUGGCUUUGAAUCUGAAAGUAACGCAUGGAACGUUUUCCACAUGUCCACUGUACAACAUGUUUAGACGUGAUUCACUUAACACUCCGAAUGACACUAAACAGCCGCCUCAUGACUCACCUCGAGUCUUUAAGUGCCAUUAUUGUUCAGCCCUUACCAUUGUACAGUCUUUGUUCUCUUUCUAUCCCUUCUGUUGAAAUCAUCGCUUCAAUGAAAGUCUUAUUUGCGCUCCUUUCUGGCCGUCUUCCCGUCGUCCACUGCUGUCCACAAAUCUUCCUUCUCUUCCUCAUGUGAGGGCUGCAGUGUGGGAGAAUUUCAUGACAUGACCUUUUUUCCCGCUUGCAAUAAAAGGGGUACACAGCA